UGAAAGGUCACUGUCCUUGUCAAUAGUGGCCUCAAACCCUCUUGUUUACUUACUACUCAAACCUUCCUCUUCCAUUACAGAAACCUCUCACCUCUCUCUCUUUCUACCAACUUCACCCACUUUUUUUUUUUUUUUUGAAAAAAAAUUCUAUUUUCCUAUUUUCUUCUGAAUCUAUUUUAGGAAUUUUCAUUUCAUUUGGAGUAUGAGAAAAUCAAGUUGUAAAGGGAUUGUGGGCAAUGUGUGCAAAGAGGAGAUUGAUUGGGAACUCAGGCCUGGUGGUAUGCUUGUCCAAAAGAGGAAUGCUGGGGAUGCUGCUUCUAGUCCUAUGAUCAAGAUCAAGGUCUCCCAUGGUUCUUAUCAUCACUAUAUCACCAUCCCUGCUCAGUCUACUUUUGGGGAUCUGAAAAGGGUUCUUGCCCAUGAGACUGGUCUGGAGCCUAAGGAGCAGAGACUUUUGUUUAGAGGGAAAGAAAAGGAAAAUGAUGAAUGCUUGCACAUGGUGGGUGUAAAAGAAAUGUCCAAGGUGAUACUAUUAGAGGACCCGGCUAGCAAAGAGAAGAAGCUUGAGGAAAUGAAGAAAGAUCAGGGCAUAUUAAAAGCCUAUGAAGCUGUCGCUCUAGUCAGAGUAGAGGUCGACAAGCUCUCAGAAAAGAUUGUUGCCUUGGAGAGAGCUGUUCGUGGUGGCAAUAAGGUUGUGGACAAGGAAUUUGUUGUAUUGACAGAGUUGCUUAUGGUUCAGUUGCUUCAAUUGGAUACUAUUGAGGCUGAUGGAGAAGCAAAAGUACAGAGACGGAUUGAGGUUUGUCGUAUUCAGAGCUUUGUGGACACACUAGACAAUCUAAAGGCAAGAAACUCCAAUCCUUUUAACAACAGUACCAAUGCAGUGUCGGUGACUACCAAAUGGGUGGCCUUUGAGUCAGGAAUAGGAAGCUUGAGCGCUCCAACCCCAUUGCAAUCUUCUACGAAAAUAACUCAGGACUGGGAACUCUUUGACUAGCCUCUCUUGUUGGGUUUGUGUAACUGACUUUGAGGUAUAUAUGUAUAAAGAUAUAUGUGAUAGGACUUGGGAACUCUUCUGAGACAGCAAUCUGUGUCUGUUUUUCCCCCCUGUUUUCUUCUAUGGCUGAAAUGCUAUUUCCAUAGAAAUGGUAGAGGUCUCAGUGAAUGCCAAGGACACUGCAGCCAUGUUUUAACUGGGUUGGCAUUUGUAUAUAUGGUUUUUAUGUUAUACUAAUACUCAGAGCUGCUCGUUCCUUUUAUAA